AUGGAUGUGCUCAUGAAGAGCGCUGUGCUGCUUCACCGCUACACUUUCGGGUCUCUCGUGAGCUAUGCCUUUGGCCCUCGGAGUGGCAUCUUCUUGGACAUGAUGCUGUUCCUCUAUGGUAACGGCUCCCUGCUCAUGUACUUCAUCUUCCUCGGUGACUUUAUCCCCAGCAUCUUCCUCUACUUCACGGGUCAGACAGGAAGGAUCAUGGUCCUUUUCGGAUUGGCGCUCUCUGGUCCAGCGGUUUGGUUGCCGGAGGCAUCGUUUAUUGGGAAACUGUGGCUGAAGCUGAGAAGCGUGCAGAUUCCAGUUGAGACGAGUGGAGAAUUGUUUGCUACGGUCGAAGUGAGACCUGACAUGAAGGUCCAUGAGUUCAAGCAAGAACUUCAACGAUUGAAAUGGGAAGAUCCGGAGAUCCGAAAACGCUUCGAGAUGAGACUUUCGGUGGAGAAUCAGGAGCUCCUGAGUGAUGACGGGAUGGUCAGGGAUGUGGUUUCACGAGGCAAAACUGUGCAGGCCAUCUUUGGAAUCCCGGAGGGGAUCAAAGUCGUUGAGGAUGAGGCCUUUGCCGGCUGCAGCUCCCUUGCGGAGGUCAUCGUCCCGGACUCGGUCACGGAGAUUGGACGUGGUGCCUUCAGCGACUGCACUUCCUUGAAGACUCUGGCCAUUCCCAAGUCUGUGAGGCAGCUGGGAGACGGCGCCUUCGCAAAUUGCAUUUCCUUGACAAGCGUGACCAUCCCUGACUCGGUAAAGGAGAUCGGAUCGGAGGCCUUUCGCGGAUGCGCCGCCUUGAGACAUGUAAGCAUUCCGGAGUCGGUCACAAAGAUUGGGCCAUCUGCCUUUCGCGGAUGCAAGUCCUUGACAAACUUGAGCAUUCCUGAGUCCGUCAUGGUGAUUUCAGAGUUUGCCUUCUGCGAUUGCAGGUCCUUGACCAGUGUAACAAUUCCGGAGUCGGUCAGCGUGAUUGAACGAGAGGCCUUCGGAACAUGUACCUCCUUGACAAGUUUAAUCAUUCCGGACUCGGUCACAGAAAUCCAUGUCAGGGCCUUUGUCGACUGCAAGUCCUUGACCAAAUUGACCAUUCCUGAGUCGGUCACAGCUAUUGGAGUGCGGGCCUUCUUCGGAUGCACUUCGUUGACAGCUGUUACAAUUCCUGAGUCGGUCAUGGAGAUUGGAGCACAAGCCUUUUCAGAGUGCAAAUCCUUGACAGUCACCAUUCCCGAAUGGGAUGAGUCGGCCAGAAAAAUUUCUUCCCUUGCCUUCAAUGGCGCUUCGGUGAAAAAGAGGACGAAGCGUGGUGGCGAUGCAUCAUAG